CUGAGUCUCUGAAGAGUUUCACACCCUCCUUCAAAUAAUACCAUUGAAAACCCAUUGCUCUCUGCUUCCCGCUCGCUCUCUCUCCCUUGCUUUUGUGCUCUUUAGUGUACACAACAACAUAUUUUGAGAUGGGUCCAUUCAAAAUGAAGAGCUUUUGCAUCCGACUCUGUUAUUAAUUUUGAUCGGAUCAGCUUUAAAAAUCAGAACCCAGAUUCCAAAAUUUGGUCUUUCUUUACAAAUCUGAUUCUGGGUCCUGAAUUGCCUUUUCUGUUUUGUUGAAAUUUGAUUUCAAAUCCUUCUUUAUUUCUCCUUUUUAACUAACAUACAAGUACCCAUCUCAAUUUUCUUUUUGUUGUGUAACAUAAGGCUAGAAAAGGCUCUUGUUUUUUUGAGCUUUGAGAGAGCGAGCGGAAGAAAAGGUUGUUGGUACUCAUGGCCGCAGCAAAGAACAGUGGCAAGGAGGGUGUUCAUGAAACUCACAAUGUUAUUGGUGAAAGUGAAAGCCAAGAUUGGGAGAUUGAAAAAGGAAAGGGUCUUGGUUUCAGCUCAGGGAGACAGCAAUGGAGGAAGCAAGUUUUUGAUGAAGUUUCCACCUCACACAAACGCCAAAACCGAAACCAAUCAUCCUCUGUUCAAUCUCCGCAACCUUUUUCCUCUUACUCUUAUCCUCCUUCAUCAAAAAUAGUGUUUCCUUUUGCUUUUGAAGGGUCUCAACAUCCAAUGCCAUUCCCACACCAAUUUGGAACCACAAAUUCACCUCUUUCUCGUCCACCUAUUCAACAAACACAACAAACCCAGCAACAAAUGAUAUCUUUUGGGGACCAACAGAACAUGGGGUAUGCACCAUUCAUAGCCCCACAACAACAACACCUUCAGCAGCAGCAACAACAUCAACAUCAGCUUCUUCAAUAUUGGAAUGAUGCACUGAAUCUAAGUCCAAGAGGAAGGAUGAUGAUGAUGAACAAGUUAGGAACAGAUGGGAGACCAAUGUUUAGGCCUCCAACACAACCUUUGAAUACUACCAAGCUCUACAGAGGAGUGAGGCAACGCCAUUGGGGCAAAUGGGUCGCUGAGAUUCGUCUUCCUCGUAAUAGGACUCGCCUCUGGCUUGGCACAUUUGACACUGCUGAAGAUGCUGCCAUGGCAUAUGAUCGUGAAGCUUUCAAGCUCAGAGGAGAGAAUGCUAAGCUCAAUUUUCCCGAGCUUUUCCUUAAGAAGGAUAAGCCAUCAUCAUCCACAACAGCUCCAACUUCUUCUGCAGCUGAUUCUUCUCCUCAUGAAGUUUCAACAUCAAGCCAGAACAUUAAGCAACCUGAACCAAUUCCUGAAGACCAUAACAUGCUGCAAGCUAUGAACACUGAGAGCUUGCCACCACCAACACCAUUAACAGAAGAGAAUGCUAACAAUGGUGCUGAAACUGGGGAAAGCAUUUCACAGUCUCAGGAAUUGGUUUGGGGAGAAAUGGCUGCUUGGUUCAAUGCAAUUCCUGCAGGUUGGGGUCCUGGUAGCCCUGUGUGGGAUGAUUUGGACACAAACAAUAAUCUUCUCUUGCAGUCACAUCUUCCUUUUGUGAAUCCAAAUCAACAAGAAUUCCAUGAUGUUGAUGCUGCUCAUAGUCAAGAAGAUAACACAGGACCAGGUUCUUCCUCUUCCUCUUGUCCCAUGAGGCCCUUCUUUUGAAAAGGGUCAAGAUUGAAAUCAUAUCUAAAACUAGCAUCUUUUGAUGUGCCUUCAGCCUUAAUCCUUCCCUAGGUUCUUUUUUUCUUCUCCUUGAUGCAUACUUUCUUUCCUUAUCAGAUAUUCUACCUUCAACCUUCACAUCUUAGGACCACUUUAUUUUGUUCUCACUGGUUGCAGAUAUUUUCACCAAACAACCUUUGAGUCUUGGAUCCUUCAAGCACAAUUUCAUUUCCUGAAAAUUUCUGCUGUAAUAAGGCUCUGCAUAUUUUUCUGGGCCUUUCAGCAUCUGCCUCAUACUUCAUGGGCCUUACCUUUGUUCCUAGUGAUACUUGUUAGUUUCUGUUUUUGUUUUUUUCUUCUCUUAGCCCUUUAGCACUAUCUGUUGUUUUUAUUUAUGAAGUAGUUGUAGUUUAGCAUGACCAGGGUAGAAGGAAACGUUUUUGGGAUUUCCUUCUCAAUGGUCCAUCCCUUAUGAGCUUCGUUUUUCAGCUCCAAGGAUGGAUAUAUAUUAUUACCUAGUUUAUAGUUUGUUGUGUACAUUGUCAUGUUAUUUGUACUUAGCACUGCUGUAAUGUAUC